CACUUUAGCCAGUGCAGUCUCCGGAGUGCUCUUAUGAGUACUAGUGGACAAAUCACACCUUAUUGUGCACGUAAUAGCUAAUAAAUGUAUCUCGGUCAAAGGUAGACUGUACGGGGAAAUGUCGAGUGGCGUCCUUUCUCUUUGAGGUUCCUCCCCGCAGAACCCAGCAGUCGCAGUCCACUCAGAGACCACAACCAUGCAGUUCCGUGCAAAACAAACUUUCUUCUUUCUAACGUCUGUGCUAUUUCUCUAUGUAGCUGCAGACCCACUUGCUCCUGAAGUCCACACAACGCUGGGAAGCCUGAGAGGUAAGUAUGUGAGUGUAAAGGGGAAGGAGCCAGGGGUCCAUGCCUACCUGGGGGUGCCGUUUGCCAAGCCACCUGUAGGCCCUGCACUGAGACUGGCUGCACCUCAGCCUGUAGAGGGAUGGGAAGGAGUGAGAGACGCCACCCAGCAACCACCCAUGUGUGUUCAAAAUAAACAGUUGUCUUUGGAUCUGUUUGAUAAAUUCGGUGUCACGUUGGUAGAUCUCCCAGACAUUUCAGAGGACUGCCUUUACCUCAACAUUUUCACUCCUGCGAACAGAGCUCACGAUGUCAAGCUCCCAGUCAUGGUCUGGAUCCAUGGUGGAGGGUUUUCUAUGGGGGCAGCUUCAUUGUAUGAUGGCUCCGCCCUGGCUGCUUACCAGGAUAUGGUUGUUGUUCUGAUCCAGUACCGCUUGGGACUUCUGGGCUUUCUCAGCACUGGAGAUGAGCAUAUGACAGGGAACGUUGGCCUGUUGGACCAGGUACAAGCUCUGAGGUGGAUUCAGCAGCACAUUCACAACUUUGGAGGGGACCCAGAUUUAGUAACCAUAUUUGGGGAGUCUGCUGGCGGAGUGAGCGUGUCCCUCCUGCUUCUCUCACCGUUGUCUGUUGGCCUGUUCCACCACGCUAUUGCUGAGAGUGGCACAGCUGCAAUGAAUUUCCUCAUUUCAAAUGACCCUCUAUCAGUGAUGCAGGUGGUGGCAAAUAUAUCUGGCUGUAGCCUCGAAAGCACAGAGAAGAUGGCAGAUUGCAUGAGAAAUCUCAAUAUUAACACUAUCGUGGCUAUUGGGCAGGAUGAAAGAUUGAGAUUUUCUGUAAAUGUUGAUGGAAACUUCCUGAGACAACCUGUGGAUGAGCUGUUCCAUACACAUGAUCUUCUUUUAGUACCAUUUAUGACUGGUGUUAACAAUGAUGAAGGGGGCUUUUUACUUGCUGAUUUCUUUGCUCCUGCAAACUGGACAGAGGGAUUAGACCGGGAGCAGCUGGUGAACAUACUGUUCAUGUUCUACCCUGAUCCCAAAGAUGCAUUCUUCAGAGAUGUGGUUAUAGAUGAAUAUAUUGGAACCGGUGAAGAUCGAGUGAAAAAUAGAGAUGUGUUAACUGAGAUGCUUGGAGAUAUGCUGUUCACCAUCCCAGCCAUCAAAACCGCUAAUGCCCACAGAGAUGCAGGAGCCCCUGUAUACCUGUACGAGUACCAGCAUCCGCCCAAAUUCUUGCAGGCAAAAAGACCAAGUUUUGUAGGGAGUGACCAUGGCGAUGAAAUUUUUGCAGUUUUAGGAUUUUGCUUCACAACUACCCAUAUCAAACUAAGCGAAUCAUGCGAUGAAGACGAGGAAGAGUUGAGCAGAACUAUGAUGAGCUACUGGGGGAACUUUGCUCGCACUGGGUCUCCUAAUGGAGGCGGCCUUGUCCACUGGCCAAAGUAUGGAGCAGAAGAAGAAUACUUGUCAAUUGAUGUAAAAGAGCAGGUAACUGGUCAGCACCUGAAGAAGGAGCGGUUCGUCUUCAUGACUCAGACACUCCCGGAGAAGAUCCGACAACACAAAGAGAAAACCGAGCGCAGCGAGCUGUAGAACGUACACCUCUCCUUUCUCCCUUCCAUCAUUUUAUUUUUUUUAUUUUUUUUAUUCCAUCUUCAACCGGAAAUAAGUAAUUUAACAAUGCAUAAGACAUAUUGAGACAUUUGAUAAACUAAUGUGAUGGUAAUAAUAUUUUAACAAAGUUCUUGUGUAGCCUAUAAAAAUGCAUUGUCAAAUCCACAAUUGAACUUAAAAAGCUGCGUGAUGUGGUAGUAGCACGUAAAAACUUAAGGUUGGGUGAAUACUUUUUUAUAACCACUGUGUAUGUUGAACAUCAGUUUGAAUCCAAGGUAAAUAGCUUCAGGGAAUACUUCUUUAAAAUCCAAAAGC